AUGAAUAAGAACAAUAAUGUAUGCCUUGGAAGAAGAGGGCGACCUAAAAAAAAUCAGCAAAAACCUUCAUUAAUUGACUGUGUUGAAGCUCUUUUAGAGACAGAUAACUUUAGUUUUUUUCCUUUAAAUAAAAAAGAAUUAAUAAAGAAGAAUUUUAUUGAAAUAGAGCCAAUAUUCAAGUUGAAAGAUAAUUUCAAGAGCUGGUACACUUUGGAUAAAUCUUCAUCCCUAAUGCAAGACCAAGAUAAUAAUUUGGCUGAGAAUACUUUAGGUUCUGCAUCAAUUUCUGAACAUUCAAUUAGAGUUUCAUUUAAUGAUUUGGAAGAAAUGGAAGUGAAUUUGAACUCUGGCAUUAAAACAAAUUCAAAUUUUAUACCAUUUCUUUUUCUCACAAACGGUCAAGUUUGGAAAAUGGCCUUCAGUCCUCCAUCUUAUUCAUUAAAUAAGAUUUUUCUUGCAGUUGGAAUUCACCUUCAUGAAUCUCCAGUUUCCCAAAUCAAUAAACGAUACAGUGAUAAAGGAAUCAUUCAAAUUUGGAGUAUUCCAUUUGAAAAUAUUGGAAAUGAAGCUAAUGAUUGUUUGGCACCUCGACAAGUUCUUGAGAUUUCUCACAAUGGACAGUUUUGCAGAUUUCUUGAGUGGAUUCCCCAAAGUGGGAGCCCAGUAAAAAAAUCAGCAGGACUAAUUUUUUGUGUUUUGGGAGAUGGGAUUGCAUAUUUGUUGUCAAUUCCAUUACUUAAUGGAACCACUAUGAAUAAAUUCUAUAUUGAAGACUUAGUUAUUUGGAAAUAUUCAAGCUCAUAUUACACAAUCUGUUCUGCUUCGAUUAGAAUUCCAGAUAACGAAGCAGUAUCCUUGAGAAUUGCCGGAACUACUGUCGAAGGAGCUUUAUUGGUUUGGACUUUCGAGAUGGAUUCUCAAUCUGGUGUGAAAUUGGAAUUGGAGCCUAUAAAUCCUUCAGAACAAAUUAUAUCAGUUUCCCAAAACGUUCCUAUCCUUUCAGCAUCUUGGUGUCCUAUUCACUCAUCAAACUUAAUUGCUGUUUGUGAUAACAACGGGAAAAUUUCAAUUAUAGAUUUCAGAAGAAGCAAUAAUAAUAUAAUCAAAGAAUUUGAAUUGCCAAACAGACCAAUAACAUGUAUUAUUUGGAGUAGAUUUGUUAAUAUUAUUUACCUAUCUCAUGGAAUUGGAGCAAUAGUAUUGUCGAUUGAUAGCGGUGAUUAUACCCAAUUUACUAUCGAAGCUUAUAAUAAGAAGAAGAAAUACUCAUUAUACGAAGAUGAAAAGAUCUCCCCCAUUUUAGGAUCAAGAUCUUGGACAUGUAGUUCUUUUCUCCAUAAUGUAAUUUUUGGGUUCAAUGAUGGGUCUACAAUUAUUGGACCUUGCUUUGAGUUUGAAUCAAAGUCUUUUCAUGAUACGAUUUUAAUAAAAGCUUUGGUGGUAGAUCCAAAUAAAAGUGAGCAAAUGAAUGCAGAUGAAAUAACCAAUGACAAUGUAUUUGACUUGAAAAAUGAUUUAUCAUCUAUUGAAUGCAGCGAUUAUAAUGAUUUAAAUAAUAAUGGAGAUGCUGAGUUGGAAGCAGCCAACAACUUAAAGAUGUUUAAUUGUAUGAAGGAUUUAAUUACCAAUAAUUAUAUUCAAAGAGUAAAAAGAAUGAAAAAAAAAUCCAUAAGGAUUUUGUGGAAUCAUGAAAUAAAAGAGUUGAAUGCUGUUGAUUUCCUUGAAGUUCAAUGUAUAACUUCUGUUGACCCCUUUAAUUAUCCUCGACUAAUAAGCCAACCUUAUGUAGCUAUUGCUUAUUUUGGAGGUUUAGUAGCUAUCCAUAAAUUCAAUUAA